AUGGAUAAAAAGAUAGUGCGCAAAGGGCCGCUGCCUGGGGGUCGCCGGGGCGCGUCUGGAGCUGGCGCUGGACGCGGCAGCAUGCGGGCCGCCAGCCGAGCGCGAGGAGCUGCACGGUCAUCUACCAGCCCUCCGCAUCCAUCAUCCCCACCAGAAGGCUUGGUGUCGGCUGGGUCUUCUCGGACUCAGCAAGCGGCACCCGCCGCUGGUGGAGCACGUCGCAUGCGUUGGUCACAAGAAAUGAAUGCAAACGCACUGCGGGCGUACUUUAGGGCAAAAGGGGAAGAAACUGGAUGUUUGGCGUAUCGGGCUAGGAUGCAUCGUCUUUUUGCUGAGCUGGAGCCAUCUUUAAUCGUCACAGAGCAAAACCUGGCAGACCGAGUUCGGUAUAUCUUGCGCUCAAAUAUAUUUGAUGUCGCCGAACUCGAACGGCUACGACGCGAGGCUGUUCCCUCGUCGGAUGAGAAUGCUACGGCUGAGGAUGCGGCGCCACAAAUGGUAGAGCAACCCGCAAACGUGGAUGCCGCCGUGAAUACCCCAGUUGUGGUUGAUUCAAACGAUGAUGGAACAUACGCCUCUCGAAAAUCGACCGCGACUUCCCCGCAUAGCCCUAAGCAAGCGGAAUCGGGCUGUCGUGAGGGCUCUGAACCCAAUGCUGGUUACCUAUUUGGAAGCCAGCCGGGACUUUGCGAGACGGACUCAAUUCUUUUUGGCGCCGCGCUGGCAGUCUGCCGUAUCAUAGGCGCCAAGGUUUCCACGGCUGGACGCGCUACUGGCCAUAGUAGCGCUAUCCCAGCAUGGAGAAGAAGAAUUGAGGAACGUAUCGCAAAGGCUAGAGCUCUCAUCGGCAGACUGAUAUGCUUCAGAUCAGGCAACAACAGGCCAAGAAUUGUGCGCACCGUCAGGAUGGCGUUUGCUGGGACAAAUGUCAGUUUGUCCCAGCCGGAUAUAACGCAAAAACUGACGGAGCGCAUAGAUGAUCUGAAGCAGAGAAUCGCUGCUUGGGGAAAGCGGAUUCGGCGAUAUACCGAGAGGUCGACACGGUUCAACCAGAAUCGUCUCUUCCAGAGUGAUCAGAAGAGGCUCUAUGAAUCAUUGGAGCGACCAAUGGUAAGUGGAACGGGUCCAGCACCGGGUCAGGCCGACACUGUAGCAUUCUGGCGCGGCCUGUGGUCAGAGCCCGUAAACCACAGCGAGGGCCCUUGGACGGAAAUUGUGGCGAGUCAGUGUGCGGGUAUUACGCCCAUGGACCCCGUCAUCAUAACGCCGGAUGACGUAGCUGAGGCGGUUCGUAGGGCCCCGAACUGGAAAAGUCCGGGGCUUGACGGGCUGCAUCACUACUGGCUGAAGGGGUUCAUGGUGUGUCACUCUGUGCUCGCCCGACAGUUUCAAGAGGCUCUCAACCAGAAGUCGCUCCCAAGCCUCUUCACUACUGGGAUCACUCAUUUAGUUCCUAAAGACCAGGGAACAAGAAAUAGAGCAAAUGAGGAGUACAUUGGAAGAGGCGAUUGUGGAAACGCGCAGUACGCCUCUCGAAAAUCGACCGCGACUUCCUCGCAUAGCCCUAAGCAAGCGGAAUCGGGCUGUCAUGAGGGCUCUGAACCCAAUGCUGGUGACCUAUUUGGAAGCCAGCCGGGACCUUUGCGAGACGGACUCAAUUCUUUUUGA